UUGACGUUUGCAUGUAUUGUGUAUAUCGGUGAGCUGUCAAAUAUUUUCAAUGUUUAUUAUCAAUUUAGUUUGGGUGUUUGCCAAUUCAUUGUCGACCAACAAAACGCAAAUAAAAACAUAAUUGUUGUUCUUUUUGGUUCAUUUCAAAAAAAUUGUGAUAGUUCUAUGUUCCUGGAAUUGGAUUGAAAAAAAGGAAAGAAACACAAUUGAAAGAUGCCGAUUUUAUCGACGACGUGUGAUUGGUUCAUUUUGCGGCCAGGGAUCACAUAUCGGAAAAGUGAGCUGUAUACGAUGCAAUGGGCUGCCGAUACUGAACUGUAUCAGAUGCAAGUGGUUGCAGCACCAUACGGCGGUCCGAUGGCAAUUGUGCGUGAUUCCAAGGAAUUUAUCAAAGUGGGUGGUUCCACAAAACCGAUUAUUCGAAUUUUCACAGCAUCUGGCCACUUGCUCUCAACGAUCAAUUGGAACAGCGGCAAUCUCUUAACUUUGGGUUGGUCGGAUGCAGAAGAGUUGCUGUGUGUACAAGACGAUGGUCUUGUGCUUAUUUACAAUAUGUAUGGUGUGUAUCAGCAUACAUUCAGCAUGGGACAAGAAGCCAAAGACACCAAAGUCAUUGACGCCAAAAUAUUCGCAUCAAAUUCAGGAACUGGCGUUGCUGUGAUGACCACCAAUUAUCGCAUAUUCCUUAUUAACAGCAUCAAAGAGCCAAAAAAUCGGCAAUUGCCCGAAAUGCCAAAAUCAAUACUCGAUCCAACUUGUUGGGCAAUAAUCAAUGAAGAUCGGAAUACGUGCACUUUAGUUGCACGUGAACACGAAUUGUUCAAAUUAAGCCAAGGCUAUAGUGUGUGCUCGGUGCAAGCAGUGUCCAUUGAGAAUGAAUUCAAAAGUAUUACCGUAAUGUCAGUUUCGUAUAAUCAUCGAUUUUUGGCAUUGUACACAAAUAAUGGCAUCGUUUGGAUGGGAACAUCUGAUUUACAGACAAAAUACUGUGAAUUUAAAACGAAUCAAUCGGAAAAACCGAAACAAAUCGAAUGGAUACUGGAUUCGGAAAACUACUCACAGGCCGAAGCUAUUGUCAUUGCAUAUUCAUCAUUACUUUUGGUUGUAACUGUUGCCGGUGACUCAAAUAUGUAUAGCUAUGAUUCUGUACCAUUUCUCAUUCCCGAAAUGGAUUGCGUUCGAAUAUUGAGCAACACUGAACAUGAGAUGCUCCAAAAAGUACCGAACUGUGUGAAUAACAUUUUCAAAAUAAACAGCCAAAAACCAUCAUCCUAUUUAUUUGGAGCAUACCAAAAAUAUGAGGAGAAAAGCCAUCAAUCCGACGAAUAUUUGGGUCUAAUCAAAAACAAACUCGAAGAAUCGGUAAAUGAGUGUAUCGAAGCGGCCGGCUUUGAAUUUGAUGCUAAUACUCAGAAGAGCCUUAUUCGUGCCGCUUACUUUGGCAAAGCAUUUAUUGCGGGCCACAAUCCAGAUAAAUACAUUGAAACAUGCCGUGUUCUACGAGUUCUGAAUGCCUUAAGAGAUCCCAAAAUUGGAGUACCUUUAACAUAUGCACAGUUUAAUCGCCUGAAGCCACAUGUGGUGUUAGAUCGACUGGUAUUCCGCAAAUUCUAUGGCCUGGCCAUUCAAAUAGCGAAACAUCUGAAGUUGCCUGAGUCACGCAUUUUGGAACAUUGGGCUUUCAACAAAGUCACUUAUGAUAAAAAUGAUGACGAUGUAGCACGUAAAAUAUCGGAAAAGCUGAAAAUGGCCGGCGCUCAGGGCAUUUCAUUCUGCAAUAUAGCCAAGAAGGCUCAAGAAUUGGGUCGCAAAAAUUUAGCGAUACGACUUCUGGAGAUGGAGUCAAAGUGCAGUUUACAAGUGCCGUUGCUAUUAAAACUGGGUGAAAGCAAGCGAGCUCUGAUGAGUGCAACAAAAUCUGGUGAUACUGAUCUAAUCUACACGGUACUGUUGCAAUUGAAAGAGACCACUCAAUUGGCUGAUUUCCAAAUGAUCGUCCGAACAUUCCCAACGGCACAGAAUUUGUACAAGAAAUAUUGUAAUUUGAACAGCAAAUCCGCACUGCAAGAGAUUUUCAACCAAGAGGAUGAUUUUGUUGCACAGGCUGAGUUUGCUCUACGAGAAGGAAUAGCGAAUUCCAACAUUGAAUCAUCGUUAUUGACUGCAUCAGUUGCAUAUAAAAAGGCCCAUAAAGACGUCGAAGCGGAACUGUGCGAAGAUUCUCGGAAAUUGCUAAAGGAUCAGAAAACAUUCGCAGACAAGUACACUCUUCCACGUUCGCAAACAUUCUACGGGUCGUCCAUUCAUGAGACAAUCAAACGUUUGUUGGUUUUGGGCGAUCUGAAAAAUGCAGAAAAGAAGAAGACGGAAUACAAAGUGCCUGACAAGCGCUUCUGGUGGUUGCGAAUACAAGUACUGUCCGAAUCAUUCCAGUGGGAUGAAUUGGAAAAAUUCUCAAAAGCAAAGAAAAGCCCCAUCGGCUAUGAGCCAUUCGUUGAAGUUUGCUUGAAGCAAAAUAAUGUUGAAGAAGCCAAAAAAUACCUACCGAAAUGUCGCAACGACAAAAAAAUCAAAUGGUACAUUCGAGCUGGGUUGGCUGAAGAAGCUGCGCUAGCCAGUUUCGAACAACGUGAUCUUCAUAGCCUUUACACGGUUCACAUGAAUGCCACGAAAAAUAACGAUCGUGCUCUGGUCGCAAAAGUGGAAAAUUAUAUCGAAAAAUUGUCGGAAAAGCGUUGAAAUUUGUAGAAAAAAAUCCAAUAAAUAAAAAUUGAAUCCAUUGCAUUUGUAUUGCCACA